AUGCUUGAUAUCCUAUUCAUUCUUCUAAUGUCAAAUGCGAUUGGGCAUACUUGUGCUCGAUUCAAUAUGAAGGCCAAUGUGCACCAUAUAGGCGAAACCCACUGGCAACUGUUCAACGAGUGUAGUAAAGGAAUGCUCCAAUCGUUUUUGGGAUCAUUGAACACUCGAGGAUAUCCUGAUAGACAUUGUCUUACUGAUUGGAACGUUCUUGGGGAAUGGGACGGAAAGUUUCGAAUACAGCAUGCUCAAUCGAAAAAAUUCUUAUGCUUCAAUAAGCGAGCACGAGUCACAUUGAGGUUCAACGGUACAGAUGUCAAGUGUACGUUCAUUGAAGAGAUACAUGAAAAUGGUUACUCCAGGUUACGGUCGUCCUGGAAGCCAGAGUUAUACCUGGGUUUUAACAGUCGUGGAAGGUUUCAAAAUCCAUUGUCUUUUCACCUUAAACCUCGAUGUUUUGAUUGGAUCAAACUGGUACGGUAUGUACCUGAAUCUGAGAAAAAUGUGUGUUCUGCUCCGCCAAAACCAAAGCCAUCCACGCCAAUUGAGCAUUCCCCAUUUGCCUAUAAAGUUGCUCGUUCUCACUUUUUGAAAAAAGUUUCAGCCACACAUGAAAGUUUAUAUCGUUUUACUUCUUUGAAAAUAUGA